AUGGGAUGUGAGGCUGAUGCUGCUGACUUGGGCCCGAUGGGGCCGCAAUGCUUGGCGAAUCAAGCAGGAAGACCAGAUCAAGCAGCUUCAGCACAGGCGCCUCGCACAGCACAGAGAAUACACUUGCGAAUGCUGGUCUGGGUGGAGGCGCUUUCCUCGCACGCCCGCGCCGCCGCGAGAGCCUUUGUCCCCACAGCCGACACCGCGGUCGACACCGCGGGAGUCGCGGGAGACGGAGACACCAGGCUCGUCUCCCGGGAGUUCCCCUGCCUCGUCCUCGCGGCCGCGGACGGGAGCAUGGGCACCACGGUCCACAGCCGGGAAGGGCGCGAGGUCCGGGAAGGCCGCGACGACCGCGGCUUUGCCUUCGCGGAGUUGCGGGAGGAGCAGCGGGAUUCCAUGGCUCAGCAGGGUGCCAGGACAAAGCUCGUUCGUGCUUUGGGCGGAAGUGCCGCCACUGCUCACAGCACUGGCACCCCUGGCUUUGGUGUCGACACACCGGGUUUCCCAGGGGCCAGUGGCGCGGCUUCUGCGGAUGCAUCGGUGGUGAGCAGCGGCGUGGCGAGUCCGGUCAAGGGCGGCCAGAUGUCCCCCUGGAUCCUGGAGGCCGAGGCUCUCUGUGAGGCGCGGGCGGUGAAUGCUCGGUUGGCGCCUCGAUCCUGGGCUCCCUUCUCAGAGGUUGCUUUGGGAAAUCGGGGCGAAGAGAUCCCGUGCUUUCACAUCGUGAAGCAGAGGUCUGACAACCUGCUCCUCAGCAUCGAAGAGGAACUCCGGCAGCCUGGCAAAGCUGAGAAGGUCGCGGAGCCACCGCAGCCCCCGGAGCCAGCGGUGCAGGCCAACGAUGACCAUGUCUUGGACGAGGAUGAGUUGGAACGGGUGGAGAUGUUUGAGGAAAGCCCCAGCAAGAAGUCGGCGCAGGAGAAGACUUCGCCUCCCCACGAUCCUGCCGCAAGAGCUGCUGAGGAGAAGCCGCCCGCCAAGGACGAUUCGGCGCAUCAGCCCUUCGAGUACAUGGUGGGCGAGAAGGUCUCCUACUAUUCCAGCUCUCAUGGCGCCUGGAUGCCGGCGCGUAUCGUGGAGCGAAAGAGCAGGACAAUCUAUGUCAUCGACAAGCAGAUGCGCGGCUGCCUGGCGAAGGUCCGUGCGUCGGAGCUGGUCUCCGAGAGGGAGGAGGAGAAGAACCCGGUUCUGCGAGCUUUCGAUGUCCUGGAAGUCCAUGCCCGGGCUCCCUCCAACCGACAGACGAGGCCGACGAGUGCGACGAGGAGUGGCUCGAGUCCGAAAGGUCGUUCUGGCAGCCCGUCCCCAGCAACACCCACCCGGCUGCCGGGCAACCGAGGCAAAGUCACAAAGCCUGUCGGGCCCCUCUCCAUUUCCGUUGAUUGCAGGGCGCAUCGUGCGAGAUGA